AUGCAGUCCUACCAGCAGACAAAACGGCGGAAGAAACGGGUACUGCAAGCACAGAUGUUUAAAAGUGUGACAGUGGUCAGAGGAAAGGGUGGCUAUGGCUUCACAAUCUCCGGACAGAACCCAUGCAUGCUGAGUUGCAUAAUUCCCAGCAGUCCGGCACAUGCUGCAGGGCUCAAGGCAGGGGAUCUGCUGUAUUUUGUCAAUGGUCUCAAUGUUAGCAGAGCCAGUCAUGAUGAUGUCGUGCGUAUGGUAGGGCUCUCCACAGGCUCUUUAGACCUUCAGGUAGCAGAGAAUUACAACAGCUCUGACUCGUCAGAUGAUGACUACCUGCCGCGAACUAAAUCUCGUUAUCCAAAUCGAGUAAGGCCCCGCCAGAGUCUAGGGGAGAGAGGUACCAGUCAUGACAAAGCCUCGUCCUCUUGGUCAACUGUUAAACAGAGCAGCUGUGAGAGUCUGAAGCAGUACCAUCCCCCAGAAGAGGAAUCUGACCUUUCAUCCAGUUUGACAUCCCAAGAAGAUCAAGUCUGGCUGAACCCAGCGACGGUCGCAUGGCGUGGGUUUUGUCAGAAUAGACCAGAGACAACAGGUUUAUGCGGUGAAGCUAAGAGGCAGAAAAAUGAGAUGGUUGGUGUAAACACGUGCAACAAGCCUGUCGUGUCCACAGCCAGGAAGAUCUCAUCAGCAGCAGCAGUGGUUAAACGAGUACCACCGGUCUGUGAUUCCAUAAAACAUAUUCAACAGGGUAUCUUGAAACAGAAAAUCAGUGAAAAUGCCCAGAAAGACAUUUUAUCAAAGCUAGAACCAUCUUCAGCUGCAGGCCAGGGAGACAGUGAAGUAAUUGAGGGAUGUAAUAAAUACUCUAAAGUGAAUGAAAAUGUGAAAGCUAUUGUUGGCUACGUUGGGUCCAUUGAAACACCAAAUUCUCACAGACAUCCACAUCAGAGACUUCAAGCUCUGCGUAAUGCAGUAAAGAGGUUACGAUUGGAAAAGAAAGUUCACAUAUUGGUGCUGAUGGAGGUGAAGCCAUCAGGGGUGCUUCUGACAAAUGCUAUGGGAAAACAACUGGCUUUAUACCCCAGCGACAGAAUUGUCUUCAGUGGCAUUUGUUCAGAUGAUGAGCGCUUCUUUGGCUUGGUGACGCAGAGUGUACCUGACCAGGAUAAUGAUAGCUGCCAGGAAGGACGAGAAUGUUCCAACUCAACAUGUCAUAUUUUCAAGAUUGACCCCGACAUUAACGCUCACAGUGCACAUAUGCAGCAUGCUCAAGCAUUCCAGGUUUCUUGUGGGACCAGUCCUCAGUCCAGACAGUGCACUCUUUUUCCAAGGUCGGCAACAUCGCUGGCUUUUUGUAUUGCCAGUUUGUACCGUGGCAAACCUUCGAGGAAGUUUGACAGUGAUAUUGUUCAGUCCCAAGCAUUUGCAGACCCAGGUAGAGAGUUGGAGCAUUGCAACAGCCAGGGAUCUGGCAAUGAUGAGUUGCCUCUGGAGCAGAAUGAACAGGUUUGUGUGGUAGAUAUGACAAGUGGGAGGGACCUUUCGGACACCAGUGUUUUAUCCAAUGCCAUGAACACAAGCCUGAUUUCUAUGCAGAAUCAUCUGUCACCUGAGAUGGAUGUGGGUGGAGCUGGAGGCACAUCCUCACCAUGCCUGAGUUAUUCUAACAGUAGUGAAGAAUGUUGGCAGCAGGUGCUCAAGCCUAACAAUAAGUUAACCCCACAAGCCAUGCCCAGCCCUGCCUGUGUGGAGGUCUGCAAGGCCAGCUGCUCACAGUUUGGAUCAGCAGUCAAAGAUGCAGAAAACCUUAAGCAGAACAUGCAGCGCUUCCUCCAGGCACGACACCAGCUACUUGAAGAACAGAACCGCAUGCUGGGAAGUGACGGGGAAUCUUACUUUGGUGAAAAUGUGUUGUCGCUCUCUGUAUCGGAGGAUGGUCAUGCUGUAUUAGAAAGAGGUGGUGAUGGAUGUUGGCAGCCCAAGAAUGCAUUUGCAGUGCCGAAGAAUCCACCACCAGUUUCGGUUCAUCACAUGAGAGGCAGAUCAGCAUUUCACGCACUCAGACCUUCAUCUGCUCCUUUGGGAAAACACAGCAAGCCAGAAACUGUUGAACUUGAUGCCGUUAGGAAGCUCAACUUUCCUCACAACAUCCCAUCCUCCUUUGCCUUUGCCCGCUCUCCAUCUGCCCCGCCUGCACCAUUCUUUCCUCACAGGGAUUCUGAUGAGGAGGAAGAUGAUGUGAGCGACAAUGAGAACGACCCCUAUAUUCAUCAGAUCUUGGAACAGUUUGACAAAGAUCGCAUGGCAGCAAUGAAUGACGACAGUCGCAGGUUCUCAGAUGGAUUUGCUAUACCUAAGAGGAAAGAUGCGGUUGCUUCAGCAAGUGUGGAAAAAUGGACCAAGACAGGAUCAUUCAGGAGGGGUGACAAAGUAUCCUUGAAGCAGUCUUUCUGCCACUCAAUGGAGUCCCUGCCUAAUGGUGAGAAUGGAGAAAAUACAGCUACACACAAAAUGAUGACCGCCUGCAGUGUACACAGUAUUGCUGCGGCCAAUCAGCAGAACCAGGAGAAUGUGUCUAAAGCUGGGAGGGUUGCUAGCUGGGCAGUUCAGUUUGAUAAACUGUUGCAAGAUCCACUGGCAGUCAAGGUCUUUACAGAGUUCCUGGAGAAGGAGUUCAGUGCUGAAAACAUCCGAUUCUGGAAAGCCUGUGAACAGUUCCGAAGUGUGACCAGUGAGCAACAGCGAAAAAUCUUGGCUAAAGACAUCUACAACCGACACAUAGCAGCUAGAGCCAGUGACCCUGUGAAUGUGGACAACACGGCCAGGUCCUACACCGAGAGAUUCUUGGAGACUCCAACGGCCAUCAUGUUUGAUGUGCCCCAGUCCCAGAUCCUACAGCUAAUGAGGCAAGACAGCUAUCCACGAUUCUUAAAAUCCGAUCAGUACAAGAACAUGUUGGUGGAGGAGCUAGAAGGCAACAUCCAUCAUGAACCUGAGAAAACAUCGGAGAACAAAGGUGACCAGAAACAGAAUUAUGGCAAAGAAAACGGUGUCAAGCGAAGGAGAUCCAUUUUACCAUGGAAACAAUCUCAAAAGUCAGUUAAGAUGUCAUGUGAAGGAGAACAGAAAAAAAUGAGCAAGAAGGGAAAAGAAGGAAGUCACAAUCAGCUGGGUGUGGGCCUUCCAAGUCAAGGUACUACUUCCACUGCCACCACCACCACAGGCAACAAGAACAACAACAACAACAACCUGGCUAAUGUGAAGAAAUAUACUGGAUUAAAUGUUGACCUCAGCAUCAUGAGGAAGGAGGUCUUCCAACAGAAAGAGGUUGUUGGUGGCCCAGAGAGCCAGGUGAAAUUUUGUCGAGUUAUUUUGCCAGAUGGUUCAACAACUGUUGUGUGUGCCAAACCUGGCCAGACCAGUCGCUCAGUGCUCAGCAAGCUGUGUGAGAAACGCUCCAUCUCCAUCAGCAACGUGGAUGUCUUCCUGGUGGGAACAGACAAGGCUGUCGAUCUGAAUGAUGACAUUUCUACAUUGGGGUCAAAGGAAAUUGUCAUUGAGAGAAGAGUGUUAUUCCGUUUAGACUUGCCAGAUGGUAAAUCUGUUGCUGCCAAGGCCAAACCAAACCGCAGCAUCCGAGAUGUCUUGAAACCAAUUUUAACAAAAUAUGGUUACAGUCUGGAGAACAUCAGCAUGAAUGUGACUUCCUGUCAAGAGCUCAUUGGGAUGGAGAUGCCAGUGACUAAGCUUGACAACCAAAGGGUGGUGUUGGCUGUAGAACCUGAGGCAGCAGGUUUACAAAAACACAAGGGUCCUCUGUUUGGGCUUUUUCGAACAUCAGAAAAGAGAGUGGUAGACAGGAGAAGUUACGCAGGACAAGGGGAUAUCUUUAAAGAUUGA